GGACGUUCGGGGUACUCAAUCUGAACAAUGGACAGACUGAACUGAUGGAGGGUGUGUUUGACAUCCACUCGUAUGUUUACUUAGGUUUUGCUGUUGCUGGGGCAACCUUUGCCGCGGAACGAAAGUAUGUUUUGCUGCGUCUAACCGCAUGAGCAACGGAACGGUGUAUGUUGUGGAAUGGGACACGCUGAGUGGGUUUCGAUUACUUCGCUUACUGCAAAGCCCUCAGGAUUACUCGUCGUACGGCUUCAGUCUGUGUUCCAUGGACAUCAAUGGCGAUGGUCUUUCUGAUCUGUUGGUCGGCACGCCAGCUUACUCUGACCACAGCAAAAGUCCCUCCUCCUAUGACGAGGGAAGAGUUUACGUCUACCUUCAUCUCCAGUCUGUACAGGAGAAUUUUUUAGACAAUAUCACGCUGGCUGGAGAUCGGAAGAUGUUCGCUCGUUUUGGAUCCGCCAUAGGAGACAUCGGAGACAUCAACCGAGACUUGAUACACGAUGUCGCUGUCGGUGCGCCAGAAGAGGACGAUGGGAGGGGAGCAGUGUACAUAUACCUGGGAAGUUCAAAAGGUCCGGAAACGACCUUCUCACAACGGAUCUCAGGGAAAGACAUUGACGAAAGUCUGUUCUCUUUCGGGUCUCACAUAUCGAGGUCUACCACAGCCACAAGCCCGUACAAUUACCCAGACUUUGCAGUAGGGAGUCCGGAAAGCAAUGCUGUUGUUGUUCUCCGCACGCGCCUUAUUGUCAAUGCCAAAGCCAACAUCAUCACGCCUGCAAGUCCUAUAAACAGCUCCAACGAUAAUUGUCCGGCCCCUGCCAGGAAUCCGGCUUUUAAGGCCAGUGGAUGUAUAAUGCUGCAACUUUGUUUAAGCUUCUCUGCUGAGGACCCAAGAGGACAUUAUCGAAACCUGUCCUUUGACGUGUCUUUUGAGAUCGACACACUCCUGAGUUAUGAUGUGGUGAGGAGAGUGAGGCUGUUGACCAAUGGUCAGACGGAGACCUCAGUGAAGGAAACACUUACUGUAAACGCCGGGCAGGUGGACUGCAAGACUUACGAUGCCAUACUGAGAGAGGAUCAGAUUUUUAGGAACCCUUUUAUACCGGUAAAAAUGAAGGCUACUUUUGCCUUAAAUGUGACUUCACUGCAACAGCCUCUCAAGCCAGUUUUGAACCCCUCCCUCCCAAACGAAACAACGACUGAGUUGCGGUUCAUUAAUAAAUGCGGCGAGGAUCAGACGUGCAACGCUGACCUCGUUCUGGAAGGCCGCGUGACGCACGAGCCUGUGGAGCGAGACAUGAAUCUGAAUAUCGUGAACAUAACGAGCGAGGUCAAGCUUGACCUCACUCUCGUCAAUAAACAAGAAACCGCCUACGGAGUCAAGAUCACCACGCAAAUACAAGGACGGAUUCGAUUUCGUUUUGCUACAGGUGAGCAGGGGGUCUCACACGUCAGCUGUGAAGCCAAGGACAGGGACAACACCACAGUGGGCAGUCUCGUCACCUGCAACAGCUGGUCUCCCUUGGCGCAAGACGAGGUGCUGCCCGUCAGACUGGUGUUCGAUGCAGUGUCGGUUCCUCUGGAGGAUACAUCUCGUGUGAUCAGUUUCGAAGUCAGAGCCAUGCCCUCGGACCCUCUUCAAAACCCGGAGGUGAACGACAAAGACAACGUUGUCACGUUGAAUUCAACAAAGGUCAUCGUGGCGGAAGUGCACAUAGACGGGUCCUCGGACCCUAAGGCCCUGUAUGUCAUCGACUCCAACGUUCCUGAGCUGGUGGCUGUCCAGAGACUUCUGGUGACCAAUCAUGGUCCGAGCUUUUUGCCACCGACAUACGUCAACAUCAGUCUCCCUUAUAAGGACAUGGAGGGCAGGGAGCUGCUGACAUCGCACAAUGUGUCGAUAAAGCACCAAGAUGGUUCAGAGAUGCAAUGCACUCCCACAAGUGUGUCUGAUGCUUCUUUGCUCACGACAACUAGAACACCACCAUCUACAGCCUCAACACCGGCAACACCUCUUACGUCAUCACCAGGAACGGCCACGACUACCCAGAAACCAAUGCCGUCUGGUGCUACACGAACAACCAGGGAACCGGAAGAACCGACAUUUGGUCCGGUGGACCCGUCACGACGUCGCCGCCGCGAGGCAGGAGAAGAGAAGCAGGUCGAGACCACAGACAACUCGGACCAGGACAAAGGCAGCGAGCGCUCACUACAAAUAAAUUGCCAGACCUACCGGUGUAAGACAUUCCAGUGCAACCUGCAGACGCUACAUAGGAACGGACAGGCGACGAUUAUGGUCAGCUUGGUCCUAAAUAAAAGGGUUCUGGAAGUUUCUGAGAAAGUCGACGCCAUUUUCUACAACACCUCUAGCACUGUGGCGGAACCGUCAACACCUUUCUUCUACAAAUGGUCCAAACUUCCAUCGGCAAAAGUCUCCACCAUCAUUUACAUAAAAUCAAGCGAGGGAAUCAACCUCUGGAUUAUUAUCGGUGGAAUUCUUGGAGGCAUCGUGUUACUUAUCAUUAUAGCUCUUAUUCUCAAGAAGUUGGGUUUCUUCCGGCGUGCGGACAAAGCCAAGCUGGAGCGACUGAAGAGACAGAGCGGCUACUACAACAAGCGGCGGCCUCCAAGCUCUGCGCCAUCUCCUGCAGACCAGAAGACAUAAAAUAUAUAAAGCUCAAAAUAUCCACAGAAAUAUCAUACCCUGGUCAAAGCUCAAAAUCUCCACAGAAAUAUCACACCCUUGUCAGACUGACUCGUGAACAGAUGCUAAACAUUAAAUGUUUAUAUGGGAUUAGUUUGCUUGAUAGUCCACGUACUUUUAUUCGGUGCUAUGUUAUAGAUGAAUACCAGUCUGCUGACGUGGUAGACUAAAUUCUUAAAAAAAGAAAUUGUAUUUUUUGUUGAAUUAAAUUCAAUUAUAUUUUCAUAUUUAA